ACAGGCCUUGUUUCACCAGAAGUGACGUAUGCGGCCUUAAAACCCGCCUUCGGAGGCUGCAGCCCUCGAAUUGGGACACAGCCAUAGUUUCUACUUCCGGGAUCGGUCCUCUCUCUUUCCUGUCUGCCAUUUGUCGAACACGACGGCCCUCUGUCUAAACCACAGACAUGCAGAACGACGCUGGUGAAUUCGUGGACCUUUACGUCCCACGUAAAUGCUCUGCAAGCAACAGAAUCAUUGCAGCUAAAGACCACGCCUCUGUCCAGAUCAACAUCGCUGAGUUGGACAAGACGACCGGUCGCUUCAAUGGCCAAUACCAGACCUACGGCAUCUGUGGUGCCAUCCGCAGAAUGGGAGAGUCUGAUGACUCCCUCUUGAGGCUGGCCAAAAAUGAUGGCAUCAUUGCCAAGAAUUACUGAACAUGUCCUUGGAGCUGUGGAAAUUUGUUAAAUAAAAAAAUACAAAAAACA